AUGUCUGCUCAGGUCACCCCAGAAGUCCUAUGGGCUCAGCGCUCCUCCUCCAGCGAAGCUGAGAAGAACUACAUCUACCUGACCAUCAGCGUGCCUGACGUCCCACCCAAGGCUCUCAAGCUCAAUCUUAAGCCCACGGGUCUCACCUUUACUGGCACUUCAGAGACCAAGAAGACAACUUACCACCUGGAGAUGGAAUUCUUCGGCGAGAUUGACGUCGAGAACUCGAAGACACAUCACACUGCGGCCAAUAUCCAGAUGAUUCUCAGGAAGAAGGAACUCAAGGAAGAAUACUGGCCACGGCUACUCAAAGAUCCUGCAAAGGUUCACUACCUGAGAACCGAUUUCGACAAGUGGGUCGAUGAAGACGAACAAAAUGAAGCACCGGAAGACGACUACAUGAACCAAUUUGGCGGUGGCCUCGGCGAAGACGGCGGUUUUGGAGGCAUUGACUUUUCAAAGCUCGGCGGCGGUGGCGGCGACACACCAGGUAUGGAAGGAUUGGACGCAGGCGAUGCUGACGCCGGUGACGAUGAUGGUGGCGAUGAUGACGACGACGACGACGACGACGACGAGAUGCCUGAUUUGGAGGAAGAUGAAGGCGACGCCAAGGGCAAGGGCAAGGGCAAAGACGCCGCAUAG